UUUGUUGCUCAUCUGUGUUAUCGCAACCUCUCCGCAGCAUCUUUAUCUGUUUUAUCUUCAACGAUGCCAUUGGCAAUGAGCUAAAUUGAAUUCCCAACUUGCCUAUAACUGAGACAUCUUACGCUUAAUGGCUAGGAAAGGAAACUAACAAAAGAAUGGGUUAGAUCAGCAGUCACCAACCCAUAAAAGAGGACUUUCAGAUCCUCCUCCUUCACCUUUAACUACUAAAGAUAGAGAUCAUGUGAAUGACAAAGAGGUGGAUUUGGGCAAAGAUCUUCCAAAUGAUAGCCAUUCUAUGUCUUCCACAAAGAGCAUCAGUGACAUGGAUCAUGUCCAAGAUGGGAAAAAAAGGUGUUUAUGGUGUUGGUGGGAGAAGAGUGAAGAGUGAGAACUGCAAUUUAGGCGUAGCAAGAAAAUAUCAAUUCAUCUGUUGAGAGGAAAGGGUCUAUUUGGAUGUCUCUUAGGAUAAAAGCAGUUGUAGAUAAGUUUGUGCAGGAGCUGAAGGAGGCUCUGGAUGCAGACAUACAAGAUAGGAUUAUGAAGGAAAGGGAGAUGCAGAGUUACAUUGAGGAGCGUGAACGUGAAGUUGCGGAGCGCGAAGCUGCCUGGAAGGCUGAGCUCUCCCGUCGUGAGGCAGAGAUUGCUCGGCAAGAAGCAAGGUUAAAGAUGGAGAGAGAAAAUCUUGAGAAAGAAAAGAGUGUGCUGAUGGGAACUGCAUCAAAUCAAGACAAUCAAGAUGGAGCUCUUGAAAUAACUGUUAGUGGAGAGAAGUAUCGGUGCCUCAGGUUCGCAAAGGCGAAGAAAUGAGACGUCCAACAUUUAGAUUUCUGAAUUCUGAUACUGGCUUUUGCUGAUUUCCAAUCAAUUUGUGUGAAGGACGAAUUGAGAAUGAUGAUGAGCUGCGUGUCAAUUGGAGGAGAACAAGAAUAGGGACUUAUGACUCUUAACCAUACAUGUUAUCAAAAGAUUGUCCUCCAGAGGCAUGAUAUUCUCAACACACACUUUAUUUUUUUCAAACACUAUCAUCUCAUAUCAUAAAAGCCUAUAAAUACAUUGUUUUGUUUUAUUGAUGUUCAAA